AUGAAGUAUUGUAUUUUUAUUCUGUUCGUGGCCGCUGUGAUCACACCGAGUGCAUCGGAUUAUUCACAUAUAUUCGGCGAACGGUGUUCGAAACAAGAUCCAAAUGUUGACGCGUGUCUGCUUCGAAGUUUUAAUAAUGUCCUCAAUUAUCUGAAGAGUGGAGCACCAGAAUUAGGUCUAGAUGAAUCAGAUGAAAUAGUCAUCGACGAACUUUCAAUUGCACUCGGCGGAGGUCCAGAUGGAUAUAGAGCCUCCUUCAAGGACAUCCACGCCACUGGUGUCAACAAUAUGAGCAUUACUAAUGUCAGGUCGGAUCUGGAGACUCACCAAUUCCAGUUGACGCUGUUUGGACCCCACAUCAGCGCCAAGGCACGUUACCGCUCAUCUGGGGUGCUUCUGCUCGUCAGAGCUUCUGGUGGAGGAGACUAUUGGGGGGAAUAUGACGGCGUAAAAGCUAAAGUAUACUUCCGUGGGGUGCCGUACACUCGUAAGGGGAGGACUUAUCUUAAGCUGCAGCAACUAAAGUUGGACUUUUCAGUCAAGGAUAUACAGAUGGGCGUUGAAAACUUGGACCAUAGCAGCACUGUCCUCCAGGCAGCGUUGAAUCUCUUUAUCAACACGAAUGCGCAAGAACUCCUCAAGGAAAUGAAACCGGAACUCAAGCGAGACUUAGCCGAAAAAAUGUCCAGAUUCCUCGAUAGAAUCUUAGCGAAAAUUCCCUACGACGAGUGGAUUUCCGAUGAAGACGAGGAAGAAGAAGAAGAAGAGGAAGAAUGA